CAGAGAGGCGGUCUGGGUUUACAGUCAGGGGACAUUCAUCGUCAAAUCAUCAUCAGUCAGAGCAGCCCCCCUCUCUCUCCGUCCCUCCCUCAGACGCCCCCACGCUCCCUCUCUCCUCUCUGUCCGCCUGUCCUUCUCUCCAAACACGCACAGCAGCAUCUUCUUUUCCUCUCCUUGACACCCGGCAUCAUGUCCGCAAACGGCGCAGACGGGGAGCUUCUGCGGAUCCCUCUGGGGCUCAUCAACAGCGCGGGGAAGUAUCUGACCGCGGAGACUUUCGGCUUUAAAAUCAACGCCUCCGCCAGCAGCCUGAAGAAGAAGCAGACGUGGACCCUGGAGCAGACCGGGGAGGACGGCAGCGCGGUGUUCCUGCUCUCCCACCUGGGCCGCUACCUCGCCACGGACAAAGACGGCAACGUUACCGCGGACAGCGAGACGCGCGGCACGGACUGCCGCUUCGUCAUCACCGCGCACGAGGACGGGCGGUGGUCCCUGCAGUCCGAGCCCCACGGUCGGUUCCUGGGCGGCAGCGAGGACCGGAUCACGUGCUUUGCGCAAACGGCCUCACCUGCGGAAAAGUGGAGCGUGCACUUGGCUGUGCACCCGCAGGUUAAUCUGUACAGCUUCGCGCGGAAACGCUUCGCCCACCUAAGCGCGCAGGGCCAGGAGGUGUCGACAAACCGGGAUGUCCCCUGGGGAGUGGACUCCCUCGUGACCCUUGUCUACAGGGAUGAGCGCUACCACCUGGAGACGUGCGAUAACCGCUUCCUCCGCAAUGACGGCAGCCUGUCCACGAAAACGGACAAGGACACCGGCUACAUGCUGGAAUUCCGCUCCGGGAAGGUGGCAUUCCGCGACUGUAACGGUCGUUACCUGGCGCCUGCAGGGCCCACCGGCACGAUGAGGUCUGGGAGGAGCACGAAGGUGGGGAAGGAUGAACUGUUUGGCCUGGAGCGCAGCCACGCGCAGGUUGUGCUGACUGCAGGCAACGAGAGGAACGUCUCCACGAGGCAAGGCAUGGAUUUGUCAGCCAAUCAGGACGAGGAAGGCGACCAGGAAGUCUUCCAGCUGGAGAUGAGCCGUGAGGACAGGAAGUGUGCCUUCAGGACUGCUGCUGGAAAAUACUGGACCCUGACAUCAGGCGGAGGAUUGCAGUGCACGGCCUCCACCAAGUCUGCUAAUAGUUUCUUUGAACUGGAGUGGCGUGAUGGUCGUGUUUGUGUACGUGCUGCUAAUGGGAAAUAUGUCGCUGCUAAGAAGAACGGGCAGUUAGCUGCUAUGGUUGACAACGCAGGCGAGGCUGAGCAGUUCCUGAUGAAGCUGAUCAACCGUCCCCUCAUCGUCCUCCGUGGGGAGCACGGUUUCAUUGGGGCUCGUAAAGCUGGAAUCACAACCCUGGACUCCAACCGAGCGUCAUACGAUGUGUUUCAGCUGGAGUUCCACAACGGAGCUUACGCCCUUAAAGACUCCCAGGGGAAGUACUGGUGUGUUGGAGACGACACGUCGGUGGUGUGCAGCAGCUCCACACCCGUCCAGUUCCUGUUUGAGUUCUGUGACCUCAACAAGAUGGCCAUUUGUGCUCUGGGAGGGAAGUAUCUGAAAGGAGACCACGCUGGAGGGCUAAAGGCCAGCGCUGACUCCGUGGACAGCGCCACCCUCUGGGAAUAUUAAAGAAAGCACAGUCGGACUUCUCUACUGUCCAACACAAGGCUUCAAACUAUAGAUAGAUACUGUAGGUAGCCGUUUUUUUAUUUGCAUAUGUGCGUAUGUGUGUAAUUGUGACCUUAACUGGAUGGAUGUGUGGUGGAAACUGAAGCUGAUUAACUGGAAAUCAUGGCACCAAAGCACUACAGGUGUUUCUUAUUCAAUCAUCUGCUCUUACUGGAAAUCUGUGCGUAUGUUGUUGCUUGAUGAACAAAUCAAAGUGUGGCUCUGCAUUAUCUGUUUCACUUCCAGUCAAAUUUACACAAACUUCACCUGAUAAAUGUCAGGGUGAUUCUUGUUUUUAGUCGUGCCUAUCUCUAUUAGCUACAUGUAGGAUGCUAUAACUUACAACAUAUGAUAUCUAACCUUCUCAUGCUUGAUGCUGACUCUGUUGUGCUGCUUUCAUACUCUGCUUUCGAACUAUAAUACAUUACAAACAUCAGAUAACAGUAUGUUACUGAUUUAUGUGUUUCUGCUGUAUAUAAGGCUUCUUUCUGUCAUUGAAUGAUGCAAAAAUGUGAUAAUCAUAGACAUUUUAAGUGCAUAAGUCUAUUGAGACUGCUUGAAAGAAAUGGGGUGAGGCUGGCAGAUCUAACAUGUUUUGCUGCACCUUUCCCAAUAUGAAUCAUUCCCAAAACACCCCUUGCCCCGGCCACUUAGACCAACAGGUGUAUUUUCCACACUUAUGUCUAGGGUUAGGUUGUCCUGAUGUUUUUUGUAAAGUAGGGACAGAGUGAAGUGCUUGGGGUGCAUACCCCUUUAAACUGAGAAUUUGAAUCUUAAAAUAUUGCUAAUAGAAGAAUGUCGAGUAUUGCUGUCCCAUCUGUUCACAUAAUGCUGCAGACAAUUACUGAUGAUUCUUGUCUUCAUUAGAAUAUUAAUGAUUAGCGCUUGUCUAUUAUAGGUCACAAGAGAGUACAGUCUAGAUCUGCCCUCUGUGUAAAGUGUCUUGAGAUAAUUUGGGUUAAGAAGAGGUGCUUUACAAACGAUGAUAGAUUGAUUGCCCCAUUAUGUAAGGGAAGAUUUCAUCCUUACUCCUUUUAACUCUGUUUCAAGGGACAAGGGGGCACUUGAAAUCCACAGUUAAGUUAGUAAUGGGGGGCCUGAGUUUUUCUCGAGAUCCAGUCCAAAAAGAGUGCUUUGUGAAAUCUCUUUCAAGUCAUUAGCAAGAUGGAAGAAGUAUACAAAUGUACAUAAGUAGUUUCUGCAUAAAUAGGAUUUGAAAAUCAUUACAGUCAUCCUAUAUCUUAAUUUAAUGUUGUUUCAAUGCAUCAUGGUCCUUUUUUGGCCUACGUUUUAGCUACAUAAAUGCUGUCAAUAACAGCUGAUGAGGUAUCAGGAAUUAGAAGGGCCGCCCCAGUAUGUAGGGGGAGAUUUCAUCACUGCCCCUUGCAGCGUUUCCCACAAAAAGAUACAACUGAUAGAAACAGGUAUGUUUCUUCCUGCGCUCCAGAGUGGCCGCACCCCCAUUUGGGUGAAAACAAAUAACAAAUAUCAACAAAUAUCUAAAAAAAAGCCAUAAUGUAUGACAGAAUUUUUUAUCUUCAAUUGACAAAGGAGUGUAAAAGAAGAACUCUGUGUCUUUAAGUGAUAGCUUGGCUGUAGUCCGCCUGCCUGAUAACUGAUUUUUCACACAGUCACUACAGUAAAAAUGGUAUUUUGAAAGUUGAGAAUCAUCUCAUUUAACAUGGUCAAAAUACACACAUUAGCUAUAUUGGUUUAGGACAUUUGUGGUCACAAGAUGAGGCUGUUUUGUCUAGAUUGACUGAGAGGUUCUAAACAGCCACUCAUGCACCUAAAAUGUUGUUUUAUGAUUUUAAGAUGGCAAUCAUUGUUCUAAAAUGUCAUAUCUUUAUGCAUAAGUCGUUGCUAUUGGAUUGUAUUUGACCAAAUCUUUCUCAUUUACCGGCAUACAUUUUGAUGGACUGUUUUCACCCAGAAUGGGGCGGGGCAGGGCAGGCAUCAUUUGGACAAACCCUGUGUGAUGUCAGCUGUUUGAUUACAGUAGACAGACUCAAACUGCUUUUGAAGCCAAUCUGCGGUUGCUUCAAUAUCGAAAUUGCUGUCUCAACCAAACUUUGGAUCAACCUAACAACCCACUAACUUGACUUCCUGUCAGCUAGCUAUCUGUCAAUCAAAUGAGACACACCAAUCAGUGCGCAGUGGGGUUUUAAUCAAUAUAAUCCAAAUUUUUUCGCUUCCUCACUGGCUUCAUUUUUCAGGACCGGAGGUUGCCGCUUGGUUAAAUGUAUCAAUACUUGGGUGGUAGGGGUGGUAGAGGGGGUCAUCCCGCUCUACCUUAUUUUGUAGUUCUGUUGUGUGUUUCUGCUCUUUUGACAGUAAGUUGUAUAAAGGCGCUCAAAUAACAUCACUCAGCUUUUGAAAUAUUUAGCUUGAUAUGAAGUUAUCAUUGCAGGUGAGCUGCUGUAUGAGUGCUCACUGUUGAUGAAGUAGCAUAUCACUACUGUCAUCCUAGAGCCCUAGAGUAUAGAAUGAUAUUGGGGGUAAUGCUAAAACAACAGCAUAAGAAGCUUAGUCUUAAACAGGAAGUGUCGCUCCUCAAACUGUGCAUUUACAGCACGGAUGCACUAGUGCAGUGGUUCCCAACCUUUUUCCCUUUGAGAGCCCCCUACUUGUAUCUCAGUCAAAUUGAGCACAAAAAUUGUGAUACCCUUGGGUCAAAAUUAACAUCAACUUUAAUUCUGUCGUUAUUUAAUACAAACAAAAUAGGUACUAGUGAAUGUCUCUCUGUGGUGAAUGGAUGGUGAUUGAAUAGAUUUUAAAAUCAAGAAAGAAAACAAAAGGUCGACAAGUAUACUUGGGUGGCUGCACAUACACCUGAGUGGCCCCCCUAGUAUGGUCCAUGUUGGGGAACACUGCCCUGUAACUCUGUUUCAAAGGGCAAGGGGUCACUGGAAAAUAAGGGGUAGGGAUAGGAGUAUGAAAUGUGAGGGAGCCUAUAAAUGUGCUAGCAGACUAAUCUGUACUUAACAGGUUAGCAGUAGCUAGGAUUCAAAGAUUUCUAUGAUGUAAAAGUUUUUCAAUAACACUUUAAAAGUAAAUAAAAAUCAGCAAGGAAACAGGUUGUUAAAUAAGUGAAAGCGGUGGGGCCAAGUUGCUACACAUGCACAAAAAAAAUGUACAAAUAUGCAGUCAUUUAUACAUUUGAGCUGUGACUCCAAAUCUGCACAAUGAUGUAGUGUCAAACUGCAAGAAAUGAAAAGCACAUGUUUGUUGUGAUGAAAUGUCUGCCUUAGUUUGGGUGCUGCUAAUUGUGGAGAGAGUCAGUCAUUUUUCUGGCUGUUACUGUGUCUGUGCCUUCCAUAAUGUGUUUCAGUCUUCUUUUUUUCCUGUUCCUACAUUUGAUUAAAAACCCCAAUAAAGAUUCCCUCCAAACA